AUGCUUGUCGCUAACAAGCAGUUGCCUCUUGGUCGCUCCCACAGUUGGGAUACUUUAGGGGGGAAUGAGGGUCAGUGGGACAGGACUGAGAGUGCAUAUGAGCAGCAGGCGAGAAUAGCUGGCCGGCGGAGUUCUCUUUCUUACGGAGAGGGAGGUGGGUGGUACGAGCCUGCUCCAGGGGUGCGUCCUCCUGACCUGGAUUCAAAACGUGAAGUAUAUUCUUACCAAGACUCAUCGUACGGACAAGUGUACACGGACCCACGAGGGGUAAGAAAGGGUUCUGUACCUGAUCUCAACCACUACGAAAGGGGGCCCAUGGCUCAUAGAGGAUCUAUUUCGCAUCAGGAUUACUAUUCCCAUGACCCAGCCAUGACACCUCGCCCCCCUGAAGCUUUCUACAGAGCGGAGCACCAUCCACCACCUCCUCAUCCUCUCAGUAGGUCUGGCUCACAUUAUGGCAUGACACCUGCUGCUCGAGCUGCCUGGGACCAUGGACCGGGUGGCAGAGCAGGACCUCAGGGCCCUUCAUCACCUCUCCCUCCUCCACCCCCUCCACCAACUGCUCAUGAGUUGAACAGAGCUUAUAGGGAACAUGGUACUCCCAAAAUCAUGGCUGAUGGACAACAACGGAUACCGUCACGAGCUCCAUCACCUGCACAUUAUCCUUUGGAUCAUGCCUCUCCGCGCUAUGCAGGUGAGCCUCCCCCCGUGACCGGACAGGUUUAUACUGAUGUGAAUGGGCGGCCAUUGGAUCCACAACAGCAGUCAGCCACCUGUCUGGUGGUUGAACCCGCCAGUCAGGGCAUGGCUUUGAGGCAAGACACCGCUACAACUUACAGUGUUCAACAACAACAGCAAUUACAUCAACAACAAAUUCAGCAACAACAAAUUCAGCAACAACAAAUUCAGCAACAACAAAUUCAACAACAACAAAUUCAACAACAGCAGAUUCAACAGCAACAACAGUUACAACAGCUUCAGCAACAGCAGAUACAACAGCACCAACAGCUACAGCAACAACAACUUCAACAGCAAGAUCAAAUGCAGCAACAUCUGCAGCAGCAGCCCCUCCCCACUGCAGUCACAGUGCCCAUGCCUGACCCUAAUCUUCCUCUGGCGAAUCCUCAUCCUGUUGCACCUGUCCCAGUACAGACCACAGCAGUCCUCCCCGCUCCUGCCCCGGUCCAGGCUGUAGCAGCUCCUCCACCUGUCACACCACUGCCUGCUCCUGUCCCUGUUCCACUUCCUCCUGCCCCACAGACUCCCCUGCCAGUAGACCCCAAGAAGCCCGCUGAUCCUGAGUUUCUGGCUUUGUUGCGUAAUGAGGGCCUGUCCGAGAGUACCAUCUCUUCUCUUAUUCAGCAAGGCUUUGAUUCUACGAGCAUGCUUGUAGUUAUGGAGGAGAAUGAUGUCCGGACUGUAGCACCUAACCUUGGCCAGGCGCGUGUAUUAUCUCGGGUUGUUCAAAAUUACAAGCGCCCUGUUGAAAUCCCACCAGUGUUAUCACAGCCACAGACGCCAAUGCGAGGGCGUUCAAAUAGUUUUAGCCAUCGCUCAGACAUCUAUGGCCAGCAACAGCAUCCUCACCCAUCACAUCCUCCACAAACGUUGACUGUAGAUCCACAACUUUUGCCCCCACAAACUCCUGGUCCCAUGCAAACAAUCACCCCAAGAAUGGGAGACACAGUGGGCCGGAGGCCCAGCAGUGCCCCCUCUCAGCAUCUAUUAGAGGCAUCAGCUUUUCCUGGACCGCCCCCUCGCUCCCCAGGGCCAUAUGUGGGAGCCAUGAUGCCUGUUCAGUCAAGACCAAUGUCUGCAUACUCUUCAGGAGUGACUGUCCCAGGAAUGCCCAUGCAAGGUAUGCAAAUUUUGCCCCAGCACAUGUCUGGGUCUAUGCCUGCCAUUGCAGGAUCUAUGCAUCAACUGCCAACCAUGCCCCAACAAAUGCCCAUUUCAAUGCCAGCUUUACAACAGCCACCACAACAAGUACCUAAAGCUUACUCUACUAAUUACACUGUGCCCAUGGAGCUGAUGAAGAGAGACAGGAGCUUACUGCCCAUGUCGCCCAUGCACAGUCCUCACCCAAGUCCUCAGAUGAUGCGUAAAGGUGGAGGCCCUGUUCCAGACAAUGCCCUUAUCCCUGUUGGAGUCCCUGGUCAAAGCCAAAGUACUGUGCUUACUAACCAGAAGCUCAGCAGGCGAACUGGUCCGCCAGUCAUUGUUUCCACAAUGGCAUCUCCAGAUACAAGUAUUCGGCCCCAGAUAAUGAAUGGGCCCAUGCACCCACGCCCCCUAGUGGCGCUGCUGGACGGGCGCGACUGCACCGUGGAGAUGCCCAUCCUCAAGGACCUGGCCACAGUGGCUUUCUGCGAUGCUCAGUCCACACAAGAGAUUCAUGAAAAGGUGCUCAACGAAGCGGUGGGAGCCAUGAUGUACCACACCAUCACACUGACCAGAGAG